AUGGGUUCGCAGAGCAAGUUGAAGGUGAAUGCCAGAGGACUUGGAUCUCAGCUAAAGGACAGUAUUCCAGUUACUGAACUUUCAGCAAGUGGACCUUUUGAAAGUCAUGAUCUUCUUCGAAAAGGUUUUUCUUGUGUGAAAAAUGAACUUUUGCCCAGUCAUCCUCUUGAAUUAUCAGAAAAAAAUUUCCAGCUCAACCAAGAUAAAAUGAGCUUUUCCACACUGAGAAACAUCCAGGGUCUAUUUGCUCCACUAAAACUACAAAUGGAAUUCAAGGCAGUGCAGCAGGUUCAGCGUCUUCCAUUUCUUCCAAGCUCAAACCUUUCACUGGAUAUCUUGAGGGGUAAUGAUGAGACUACUGGAUUUGAAGAUAUUCUUAAUGACCCGUCACAAAGUGAACUAAUGGGAGAACCACAUUUGAUGGUUGAAUAUAAGCUCGGUUUACUGUAAUGCAGUGUGCUGUUCAUGGAAAUAGAGGGGCUGCAUCUUUAUAGUCGUUUUUUACUAUAAUUCAAUGUGCACAACAUUAAAAGUACUGACACAUGAGAAUUUUUGCCUAAGUAGUAUCUGUGAUCAUUUGAAAUUAUUUGGGUCUUUGGUUUAUGUGAUAACUGAAAGCACUAAAGGGAGAUGGUUUUAAAACUUCUAAUUUAUAUUAAAAUAGCCUUCUAUGUCUUUAAAAAAAAUGUUGCUAAUUAAUAUCGUAAAACUAUCCACAGGUUCCAAUUCAGCCUAUUUUCUAGUUAUUCCAUAAAUUUACUUUUGAAUAACCAUUAUCAGUAUUUGAGUCUGCAAACUUCAUAGUAGCAUCUUUCAGAAUAAACAUCUGU